AUGUGGUCCAAAGUAUUCCUAGCAACGCUUCUGCUAGGGUUGACGUUGGCGGAGAAGAAAAACGUAACCGAAAAGUCGAUCGAUGGUGGGGCGAAAGAAAAGCGCCAAACGGAGCACGAAACCCGCUCGAUACCGCUGUCGCUAAUUGCGAACCGUCGCCAGCAGGGACUGCACCAGCAACCGCAGGAGUACUAUCAGAGUGAGGAAGCACCGGGACCGUUCUAUGCACCCCAAACGAACGGUGGUCAACCCUACAAACCCUCGGCAGUUGCCCACAAACCGGGUGCCUCGCAGGAGCAACCACAGUACCAGGAGCUUCCUCCCGAGUACAUCAGUCUGCUGCAUCAGCUCGCUGAGCAUCAGCCUAAGGCAGCGGCAUUAAAGCAAGGCAAGGCCAUCAGCCAACAGUACGAGCCCCAGAGCCACGCUCAGCAUCCGAAGCCCAGUCAGGUCCAGUAUAUCACCGAGGAAGAGUAUGCACAACUGCUGAAGCAAGCCCAACAGCAACCAGGACCCGUUGCGCCACCACAAUCGCCAUCUCACCACCAUCCGCAUCACCAGCACCAGCCUCAACCUCAACCACAAGGCCUGCAGGCGUACGGAAGACCUUCAACUCACGGUGCCGGAGGCCCCGCAGGUUCUCAUAAGUACCGUCCAGCGAUCCAGCUGUUGGAAACGGGCGAAGAACAAUCGGGUGCUUACGGUCAACCGGACGGCGAGCAGUACCGCAUCCAGUACAAGAGCAUCCAACAGGCCGGCACAGUGACACCCGUCCCGAAGCCAGUUAGCUCCUUUUCCUUCGAAAACGAACUCGCUAAAUUGGUGGAAUCUAACCGACCGCUAGCGUACCACCAGGUACCGCAUCAUCCUGGUCGGCACGAGGGACAACAUGACGCUCAACGGUACGGUCCUACGCCGAGCCCGCAAUCGCACGAGUACACCUACGUCCAAGCCGGAGGUCCUGCUCAUGAUCAUGGUGCCCCACAUCCACCGAAGCAAUCGAUUAAAGCGCAGUAUAUUGCUCCAUUUGCGCAAGGAUUGCCACUGACGGGUCCGAAGAUAAGCCCAGCUCAUCUGCAGGUAGGACCUCAGAAGUUCGUUGACAGUCCAGCACCGAAGUAUCAGUUUAUUGCUCAGCCCGAGUCGGGACCGUCGAAAGCACAUCAUCAGCAUCAUGCUCAACAUCAGCACCUGCAGCAGCAGCAACAACAGCAGCAACAACACCACCAUCAGGCUCCUGCGCACCAGGGUCAGCAGUAUUUUGCUGAGGUAUCACCGAAACAGCACCCAGGCACACCAUCGCCGAAGAUCCAGUACUACGUGCCGAAGGAGAAGAACGUGCAGAUCUACUAUCAGCAGGCGCAACAGCAGCAACAGCAGCAGCAGCAGCAGCAUUCGGUGAUCGAGCAACAUUCACCGCAGCAUCCGAUGAAGAUCGUCGAAGCGCCACAACUCCAGAAUGAGAAGCCACAAAAGACGGCUCAAUCGCACCAUCGUUCAAAGCCCGCCGAACAGCAGCAAGUCCAUCAGCACCGUUAUGCGACCCGUGAGAAGCAACCGGAACCUACCGAUGCUCACGUUCCAUCUCGAUCGGCAAUCUACGUUUCGCAGUCCACGGGAGUCAAUCAGGCUACGGCAGCGGCUACUCCGGCUCCGGCGGCGCAUUAUGGCGGUGAGAAGCACGGCCACAAGAUCCCACCGAAGAUCGAUCGUCCCUUGACGCAGGAAGAGUUCCAAGCGCUGGUAGAUGCCGGGUAUUCCGUCGUGCCUGUGCCAGUGCCAGUGCCCGUGCCGAUAUCGCAGUACCAACAGCAGGCCGGAGCCCACGCCGGUGUACCUCAUCCGGGACCACGUGGUGGACCGCAUCCUACGCCGGCUGGAGUAUCCCGACAGGCGGCUCAAGCCUCGCGUUAUCACCUGCACCAGCUGGCGACGGCUGAGAACAACCCAAACCAGGUGGUCACGUACUUGCGCCCGUUGCAUCUGGAUCCGUUCUCGGCUGGUGUGCGUGGACCGCACAAAGCUGCUCCUUAG